AUGCAAACUCGUUCCAAAAAGCCAGUAUGGCUGCUAUUUAAGGUGCUCGAGCUAGUGCUCAGUGGGGUUGGAUGCUACGUUCAUAUUAGAUGCUUUCAAAGCGAGGGCACUCCGCAUAUAUUUCUACUGUGUGCCACCUAUGGAGGAUCGGCCAUUAUUUGUGCUUUGUCCAUAAUUGGCAUGUUCUAUGCCGAGAAGCCAACGAUGAAAUUGGAGGCGGCAAUAAGUGGUCUGCUAGGCACUCUUCACAUGCUCACCGUCUAUGCGAAUAUGUAUCUGGCCGAGCAUGAUAUUGAAUUGAUGUUUCUUAAGAAUCGAGAAGAACACCAACAUGCAUUCUAUAUAUGCUGCAAAAAGAAUGCCAUAAUAGCUUUAUAUGCGGCCGCUAUAUUCUAUUUGCAUUGCACCUUUGCCCUGGACCUGAUGUACACUCAUCGAUCCGCUAAUUUGAUAAGGAAGCACCCCCAAAGGAGUAAGCGACCAUUGAAAUUGUAUUUCAUUAGCAUUGGGGUGGAGCAUUUUUUAUCAAGAUUCAAAUGGUUCCAUUUAAUGUCCGCCAAUAUGCUCAGAAGCCGUCAGCAAUCUGCCCGUACUCUUCAAGGUGCGGAUAUAGAACUAUCUUUGCCCCAUUUGUAGUAAAUAAAUUUUAUGAGGAUGUUAUUAAA